AUGCAUUUCAUCAACUUGAUCGCCUUGCUUGCUGCACCAGCUAUUGUAGCAGCUACCCUCGAUCCAGCUUCGUCGAACACCAAGGGUUACAAACCGGCCAGCCUGAACUGCAGUGCCACCAAGGUCUCUAAGGCCAUCCAAGCGGCCGAGUGCUCCCACAACACCCGCACUGCCAAGACCCAAACAUUCGCCGUCUUCGAGACCGACCACCAAUACGACUCUGUCAAAGGCGCUCCCUACGGCACAUGCAGUGCGUAUACCUGCACUGCCCCAACCAGCAGUCAGUUGGAGAAGGACUCGGACUACUGGAUCUUCUACUGGGGUAAUGGUGGAACGAGUACCGGAUAUGGUACUACCUGUAUCAAGUCUCCCCAGACCGGAGAGUGUGGUUGUGAGAACUCUGAUGGUACUUUCGUUGCCGGCAGCAGUAGCUGUAAAUAG